AUGCGUUACGAAAACGAGGCUGGACUGACUGAAUUGGCUCUACGUCAUCUUAGCUUGAGUUUACUAAGCAAACGUAGAAUUCAUAUUAAGGCUGGACAAAUGUUUAAGGUCUUCCAUGACUUGACUCUUGCGAGGCUUUCGAAUACUUUCAGGAACUUGAGCUCGGCCAACAAUUAUCAUUUAAGGAUUGCUGAUAAUAAGUUGGCCGUUCCGUGGUCCAAGACUUAA